AUGGUAAAGAAUAGGUACAGAAAGAUUGCCACGUCUGCACACACGGAAAGCGAGAGCCUUUUCUCUUCUCUUUUUUUCCAGUGGAUGAACAUUCUAAUAAAGACAGGGAGUGAAAGAGCUGUUGAUGAGAAAGAUCUUUUACCUCUUAAAGAAGAAAACACUACUUGGUUUUUGACAGAGGAGCUUCAGGCAAAAUGGACCGAAGAAACAGCUCUUAGCAAAAUACAGGAUGUUAAACCAAAACUCUGGAAAAGUGUGUUGAAGAUGCUAACAGCAAAGGACUUUUUAAUCCUUAUUACAGCUGGCAGUCUGAACACAGUUGGUCGCAUUCUCCAACCACUGCUUCUUGGAUACGUUCUAAAAUCCCUGAUGAUUGCAAGGCUAAAACACAAUUAUCUUCUCUACGGUUGUGCUUUCGCGUUUGGGAUAAACGAACUAAUCAGUUCUCUUAGCAUGCACCAAUUUGACUACCGAUGUGAGGUGCUUGGAACCAGGAUUAGCAACGCCCUUAAAGGAUUAGUCUACAUGAAGGUAAAGAAAAAAUUCAAUAGGCACUUUAAGGGGUGUCGCUAAAACGCGGGGUUGGGGUCGGGGCCGAGGAUGGGGUCGGCCGGCGGGUCUAUCUCUUCUUUUAAAGAAUGCUGUUUUAGGGUUAGGGUUAGGAUUAGGGUCAGCAUUAGCCUUGAGACUGACCCUAACCCUAACCCUAGAACAGCACUCUUUUAAAAUAAAAAAGUUAGAUCCCGACCCCGCGUUUUACUGAUACCUCGGACUUUAAGCGCCGUCAACGGCAACCGCGACGGCGACGCUUUCAAUAGUUACUUACAAUGACAACCGCAGCAAAACAACAAUAAAACUAAGCUAGUAGCCUCUUGUUUACCUCGAUCGGUCUUCUUCUUUUCCUCCUUUAUGAGAAAAACAACAAAGGGCUCUGUACGUGUAUGAUCGUGAUAUCAAACCAAUGGAACCUAUAGUUUAGGCUCAUAUUUAGGCAAUGAAGAGGCCAACAGGAAAGAAAAUUAUUCAGUCAGCGAGAACACAUUGUUCAUAAAACUUUGUUGGAUAUCACAUAAAAAUUACGUUUCUGUAAAUGACAGAGUCGAUUCAUACUCGAACUAGACAUGAUUCUCAAAAAUCAAAGAUAAAAUGUUUCCAAGUUCCAAGCAGAUUCAUCAUCAUCAUUAUCAGUCCUUAUCAUUAUCACUAAGCAAUCAGAAUAAAUGCAUGAAAGGAAAACAUGAUGUAGCCAUAAUAUUGUAACGAUCCACAUACAAUGUAAUCGCAUGAUAAAAAUAGUUAUAGCUAUUUUUGUUACUGAUGACUUUAUUCUAAGAUAAAUAUAUGAACUGUUUUGCUUUUUUGCAGGCGCUUCUCCUUAACAAAGAUACAUUGUUGAGGUUUUCAAUCGGUCAAGUUAUUGAUCUCGUAUCAAAUGAUGUCCAGCGAAUAGAGGGCGACACUUUUCAAUUGCUUUUUCUGGGAAUUCGAUCCACCGUGGAGCUCUUAACAGUAACGUUUUUUCUAGUCGAUCUAAUCGGAUGGCAAGCUGUAAUGGGAAUCCUUUUACUUUGUAUGUGCCUGCCAUACGUUGCUGGACUGUCCUAUACUGGGGCUGUACUGCGCCUGCGUACAGACGCGGUAACUGAUCACCGCAUCACGUUGAUCAAUCAGGUUGUUUCUGGGAUCCGCGCCAUCAAAAGUAAUGUGUGGGAGGAUGAAUAUAGAGGCAAAAUAAAGAACGUCCGAAGGUAAUGAAACUUUUGAAUAACACAAAAUAAAACUGAGCUGCUAGAAAGGUACUAAGCAAGUAAAUUGUACAUUUUAUGAAACCUGCAGUAGAAAUUCAUACAGAAGUUAUUUAAUCCCCAUAAUCUUUCCUGGGUAUAUUACGAGCCAGUUUAUUGACUGUCCAGCUCCCAAUUGGCCUGCUCCCUGGAUUAGCUAUCUGCAAUACCGGUAUCGCAGUGGUCAGGGUUCGAGUCCCGGCAAACCUGGAUUUUUUCAGGCUUUCUUUUUCGCAAUUGCAGAGGUUGGAACUUAAACUGCAAGGACCUUCACUACAUUUAUUUCUUCAUUCCGCGAUUCAAAUAUAUAAAUUUCAUAUAUUCAUUAUUACAACUUAAAUUGUUAUUACAACUCAUACGUCAAAGCCUAAAAGCCAUUUGAAAUCUCGUUUAAAAAGUAUUGCGAUUCUAGAUUCCUAGUUUGGCUGUAUAAAUCUUUGUUUAGUCUCUACCUGCCCGACUUGUCUUUUGGAAUCCAGAAAUUUCACGAAAAAGGCCACUUUUAAAAUAAAAGGAAUUAAGCAUGUGCCUAAUGAUACCUCGUAUCUUGCUUUUCAAUUAUAGCAAUGAAAUCAAUUUGAUCCGUAAAAAGAGUGCUGUUAUGUCGAUCAUUGCUGCUCUCGAAUACGUUUCAACACCAACAGCGACCCUUAUCACUGUCAUCACUCUUGUACUAACUGGUCAGCCCCUGACUCCUGUUACCGUCUUCUCGUUACUGUCUUUUAUCAAUCUGCUGAGAAGGAGCCUCUGUACGGAACUGUCCAAUGGACUCAUGCAAUCAUAUGACGCCUAUGUCUCAUUGAAAAGAAUACGUGACUUCCUUCUAUUAAACAACCUUGAAUCAAAUAACACAAGGAUGUAUCAACAGGAAGGAGCAGAAAAAAUCUUCUUACCUUACAAGUCAACAGAUCCUCAGCAAGAAACUAUCCUAACGGUCAGAAAUUUUAAUCAUCAAAAGCAAAAAAUAGUUACAGACGACGAAUCGUUGCUGCAGGAUAUUGACUUCACAAUGGAAAAAGGAAGUUUAACAGUCCUAACCGGACCAGUGGGCAGUGGUAAAUCUACUCUUUUGUCGGCAAUUGCUGGGGAGGUGCCAGACCGGAACGGGGCCAUAAACUACAAUGGAACUGUUGUUUAUGUGCCACAGAUUGCUUGGGUAUUUUCUGGGACUAUAAGAGAAAACAUUUUGUUUGGCGAACAGUACGAGGAAUCUAAGUACAACAGAGUCAUUAAAGCAUGUGCUUUGACUCAAGACAUCGAGAAAUUUCCAGACUGUGACCAAACGAUCGUUGGAGAGCGUGGAGUGGUUCUUAGUGGAGGCCAGCGGGCAAGAGUAAGCUUAGCACGCGCGGUGUACGCUGAAGGAGAGCUUUACUUGUUGGAUGAUCCCUUAACUGCCGUGGACUUUAAAGUCGCCAAUCACAUCUUUAGGGAAUGCAUCAAAGGCCUACUUAAACGGAAAACCCGAUUAAUAACUUCUCACCAAGAAAGGGUCAUGCGAGAAGCUGAUAGCAUUAUUGUAUUGUGUAAAGGCCAAAUGUUGGCUAAGGGAAGUUUCACUGAGCUAAAAGAAAGUGGUAUCCUGAAUGCAACUCGUGAUCCCGCGUAUGAGAAAGCUAACGAAAUCGAAUCGGUUGUUGGUAUGGAAAAUAAAGACAAAGAUGACAUUCCUAAGAUGAGUGAUGAAAGUGUAUCCCAUGAAGUACAGGGGCCUCGCUUAUCAGAAGAAGAUCGAGCCAUCGGAGCUGUGUCUGCAAGUCUGUACUGGAAAUACUUUAGAAGCGGAGCACCUUUACUGCUAAUAAUCACGGGAAUUUGCUGGUGUCUUAUUACUCAAGGUAAGGCCUUAACAUGAAGAAAAUUUACAACAUCACUUUAUAGCCUGGGAAAUCACGCGAUAAUUCGCGACGCCAGCAAUGGUUCACCCUCAAAGGGCGGCUGAGGAACGAACACAUGCUGGUGACCUGUACCCAGCUAUGGCGGUGCUUUCGAUUGGUCGUGUGGCGAGGGAAAUUUGCUUCAACAAAUCAGAAGCACUGCCCAGAUGUGGGUAGUGAUACAUCAGCAGUAUGGAAUUUUGCACGUGUUCUCAGUCGUCGUUUCACGAGAACCCAGUGGUGACGUCGCGAAAUGUCGACUGUUUUCUUAGGCUUUGUAUCAUAUUUCUAGGAUCAAAUCCUCCUUAAAAAUUUCUUAGUUAUGAGAAUACCUCUUAAAACCCCCUAUUAGCAGACAUACUUGUAGGGCAGAAUAAGUUUCCAUAACUGGCACUUGCUAUGCACCGAAGUGAUCCUUGUAACUGGUUGCGAGAAAAAGUCAUUUGUGACCCCUCCCCACGGCUGGUGGGCUGUUCAAAAAUGCCACGUUGUUUGAUAUCUUAUUGUCAAACUCCUUGUCGAUCAUUGCAAAAAAUGUUAUGUUGUACUUGGAACUGGCCUUCACUAAUACAAAAAGAAAUAUAUGUAAUUACAUUUUCCCUUUGCAUGUAGUAGUUAUAGGCGCAAAAAAACUGUCCGCGUAGAAAGUUUCCACAGCCACGUCGGGGAAUGUGAUAAUGUAGGGCAGUCAUACGUACUUUUAGAGAUGUUCACUUACGGCAGCGAUUCAUUAAGGGAUCUUUGCCUGACGCCACAACCAGUUGUAAAAAUGUUCAGACACUCCAACGAAAAACCAGCCUUUUUUACUUCAAAUCUCUGCUAGUCAAACUUCUGUGCAAUAAAAUACUCAACUCCCGCCUACUCUCCAUUCAAAGUUGUUCCUCCAGUUUUUGAGGAUGGCCUUGUAUCGCUGCAACUUUGAAAAGGCGGGAUCACAAGCACAAGAUCAUGGCCAGGCCACUUAAGCCAAAAAAAGGUACCGUGGCUCUAGUACUUUUUCAACUGGUUGUAGCAAUUAUGCCAAAUUUGUAUUUAAAUUAGUAUUAAACAUAUAUUGAAUAAGGCUGAGUAUUCCUUUAUGGAGAAUUAAGCAAAUCGACGAUAGUGGUAUCCACCAAAGGCGAAGUCCGAAGCUAUACUUAAGGCAAAGUUGGGCACAAGAGUGCAAGGAAACUUUUGGCCCCUCAAUCUGUAUCUUCAUAUGCUUCCUAAGAAUCUAACAGCAGAUGGUCCUUCUAAGCCUGGACCGCUUUAGUACUAGCAGCUAAUGGUGGCGAACUUCCUUUUAAUCGUUUGCCUCUCUCGGGACACAGUUUUGUGAUGAUCACAUCUCAUUUUCAUUGUUUCAGUAGUAGGAUGCUUAUAUAUAUUUGCAUUGUUCUUCGGUCAAUACUUAUUUGCACUUCUGUAGAAACUUAUACUGUUAUAUAAAUUACGCCUCAUCGUACGUUCGUCGGUCAGCAUUGUGCCUGGAUAAAAGUAAUUGAAUGUGAUUUACGUCAAAAUACACGUCCAGCGGCAAAGUCUUCAUCGUGCAAGAUAAUCCUCGAUUUAUCGCGAAUAACUAUGGCAAGAGCCUCGUGAAUUAAAACCCCGCAGAUAAACUGGGACGCUUAAUAUUUACGAGACCAGUUCGUGAAAUUCAAGUAAUACCGCAAUCUAAUCUUUGCUGGUCGCCAUGCAAACAAAAUGCAUAAAAAACAAGCUUAUUUAUAUCCGUUGUGGACUGACAGCCAAGAACCAGAAGCCUACAACAGUUGGACAUGGGAAGACGAUGAUGAUCGCAUCAAACCAGAAGAAAUUUGGCGAUGAUUUGAGAACCACGUAGCACCUAAAGUAAGUCACAGGCUUACUAGAUAUCAAAGCCAUCAGAUUCGGCAAAACAACGAGAAAACUAUGGAUUAUUUUAUGAAACGCUGCUGGAAUCAGGCUAAAAGAGGCUGGUUCAGAGAUUUGGCUUAAAUGAAUGUGCAUCUAAUAGAAAAGUUCGCAACUAAUCGUUGGAACAGAACACAAACUAGUUCAAGAGAGGCUUUAAGAAAAAAAGGUCUAGCGCUUUCACUCGACGAAGCAACUGACAUUGACCAAGAUACCCUGUCUCAAUUGGAGCAGUAAGGAUGGGAUCAAAACAAAAUGAUCAUGGAAUCAAAAAGAGCGUUAGGAACGGCAACAAGCCUAAAGUAUGCAGUGCCCUAACUAUGGCCUAGAACUUUUCUCAAGAACCAGUGAAAGUUGCCCGGCGUAUGGAGCUGAGUUCCUUAACUGCCGGAAACCAAACCGUUGGGUAACAGAAUGUCGUGCAAACCGCGGAGUGUCGGGGGGUUCAUCUAAAGACAGAGGAAAUUCCAAAUCAACGCACCGGUCUACAAGCGGAGGCCGCUGAGGCAGAGGAACGUCUUCGCUGGACACAAGGAAGAGAGCACACUCGAUUCAAAUAAGUAAUUUCAAUCACUACUUCUCAUUACUUUCGAAAUCAAUUGAAGUUAAUGCGUUUGAUCCUACAAGCCUGGAUAACACGAAAGAUGAAGGUGAUUGUUAAAGUAAAAUUUGGCCUCGACCAGUUGCAGUUAUAGCAGAGUUGGACACAGGAAUGUAAGGAAACCUUUUGCCGUUCAGACAGUAUCAUCGUAUGUUUCCUCACUAUCUAACGUACGGCCGAUGGUCUUCAGGAUCACAUAUGAAUUCUCAGGCCGACAAUCUGCUGCAAGCUUCUUCUUUACUGAAGCAGAAGGUCGAGCCCUUCUAGAUUUACCAACAGCACGUGACCUCAAUCUCAUUAUUUUCCAUUGUUCUGUGCAGAGUGAUUCAGCAAAUCCCCUCGACACCCAUGAGUUACCCACACCCUCGCAAACCAAGCCUGAGGGAGUUACACCAAAGCCAGUAACAUCCUCCAAGAGGACUGGAGGCACACCCGAGGCAACAACAUCCUCUCGGACCAAACCCGAAGGAGCCACACCCAAGCCAGCCACUCCCUCGGAACUGGUUAAAUCCAAAAAACCAACCUCUCUCAACAACAAGGUUACCCUAAUUGUUUCAGUGAAAAUGAAAAAUGGAUGCUUCAGUACCCCCAAUUGUACAAACCCAGAGACGCGUACCACUGAACUUACGGGAUGACAUCAAGCAGAAACCAGCUUACACUGUAUUACAAGGUAUAAUUAGCAAGAUAAGAGAAUUCGAGUCAACUGGCUGAGUUAACCGCUAAGUGUACCGCAGAAAACCAAAUGGCGAAAAGCUGAGAAUCUUCGUCGAUCAAUCCCAAGGACCUUAAUGGAAAAUCACGUGAUCCUUCACUUGAAAAAGUUCUUCCAAGAAUGACAGGUGACAAAUACUUCUCAAUAGGAGAUGCAAAAUGUAGAUAUUGGAAUGCCGAGUUGGAUCAAGAACUGGGCUACAAAAACCGUUAACUUUAAACUUACCAUUUGGUCUUUUCCGUUUCCUUUGAAUACCUUUUGGCCUUUGAUGUUUCAGGGCGUGUUUCAAGCUAAAACAUACCGGCCUUUAAAGGUUGUGAAGGUGAAGUGGAGAUAGCCGAAGAUAUUGUUGUUUACGACAGAGGAGGAACACGAACGUCACAUGCAUGGUAUGCUGAUCAGAUUCAGAACCAGCGGACGUAAGUUGAAUCCAGACAAAUGCAAAUUUAAGCAGAGGGAGAUCAAGUUCUAGGGCAUCAUCUGUAUUGAGGAUGGAGUUAAACCUGACCCCGAUAAAGUUUCAGCCCUGCUAAGACGAUGUCACCCCCCACCAAUUCACAGCACGAGCUGGAAACAUUUUUUUUAUAUACCUACUUGGUUCCAUUCAUUUCCAGGUUUAAUGCCUUGAAAGCCCCCUUGCGAGAAUUGCUAAAGGAGAAAGAUGAUUUUGACAAGACUUCCUUGCAAGAGCAAGCGUUUUACGCGAUUGGGAAUGACAUUAAAGCGACAAAAUCACUCCGGCGUAGUAUGACCUAACCAAAGAAGUAAUCCUACUGGUAAAGGGUCUCGGUGUUAUUCUACUUCAAGAGAAUUUAACUCGAAACAGCCAACGACAGAGAGCUUGCUGCCCCUAAGGAAGUCUAAACAAUGGUUCAGUUUGGCCCACGUCAGUAAACGAUAGUAAAGGAGUUUCCGCCAUUGGUUCGACCUGUGAGUUAUCUGUCAAAAAUGACCGGUUCUAAAAGAUCAGCGCGUUAGUAUUCCUCAGUAACUCCAGGGAGACAUUUUGUCCAAACUACAUGCCAACCAAGGUAGUACGCACAUUGGUAUUCUGGAAAAAUCUAAACAAGAACACUGGGGAGCUGAUGACUCAGGCAUGGAAAGUCAUCCAAGAACUCCAACCUAAGCAGGCAAAAGAACUGAUUACUCUGACAGAGGCACCAACAAGUUCUUGGCGUACUGGUACAGUAGGAAUUGGUCUAUUCUACGUGGAUACCUGAUAAUUAAUGAUUACUUUACUAAGUUCUCCUUUGUUAGAAAGAAACUCAGACGUCAGAGUAAAUGUAUGGUUGUUGUUGAUCAAAUAAAUCAAAUCUUCAGUGAUUAAGGCUUCAGCUGACUAUAAGGGCUAUAAUGGGACACGUUUCCAAGCCGAUACUGUGGUCAAUUUGCAAGGAAAACGGUUUCAGCCACCGCACAAGUUCUCCCAAGGUAUUUUUGCCUUUAACUGAGCUGUUCAGUACUGACGUCCAACUUCCUCGAUUAGUACUACUUGUCUAGCCACAAAUCUGCGUUUAUAAUGACAUGUUCAGAUAUAAUUCAUAUCCAAUUAACUGCACGAAACGAGUACAAAUUCCCCACGAUGGUUAUUUGUACAGUUUUUUAUUUGUAUACUUAUAGCAUAUAGCAUACCUGUUUGAUAAGUUGCAGCCUUCAUCUUCUCAUUCAUCUUCAAUUUAAUACAAUCUCCUGUUUAGACGCAGUUAUUCGUUAGACAACACUAGUAUCUGACGCUUCUUUCUCUGAUAUUCACUUUUUAGCAACGAUGGUUUCCUGUGAUGUGUGGCUUUCACUUUUGACAAAGGAUCGUCCAGAAGAUCAAAAGAAUUCGACAAACCUUAUCAUCUACGGUUCUCUUGUCGCCACAUCUUUCAUAUUUCUCAUCAUUCGGGCAUUUGGCUUCUAUUUGGUGUCGUUACGAUGUUCUGAACGUCUUCACAAUAAAAUGGUAGCGGCUAUUCUACAACCACCGGUCCUCUUCUUUGAUUCAAAUCCCGUGGGAAGAAUUAUGAAUCGGUUCUCUAAAGAUGUAGGCUGCAUGGAUGAAGUAAUACCGAGAAAGUUUCUGUCAGCAGUCCAACUGGUCUUGUUGAUGUUCACCUCAGUUCUUCUACCAACUGUAAUAAACUCUUGGCUUCUGUUUGCCGUUGUCCCAAUAGCUGUGUUAGCGGGGCUUAUUUCAAGAUAUUACUUAAAGACUUCCAGGGAACUACAAAGGAUGGAGUCCAUUAGUCGCAGCCCUGUCUAUUCUCAUUUUUCGGAAACCCUGGAUGGACUGGAGACGAUUCGGACAAGAAACAAGGAAGAAGAUUUUGUGGAAGAGUUUUGCAGGUAUUUAAAAUCAAUUUUAAAUUAACCUUAAUAGCGGGAUGAAAAUUAAUCUUGGGACAACGAAGAAAUCGGAUUUAAUUCAGCUGCAAAGCUAACUAGUAAAAAAUAAAAAUAUAUUUUGGACGGGGUAUUUCCUAUCGUAAAUCUAACUAAUAUGGAGCAAAAUGGCACCAGUGACACACUGCAAUAUAGACAAGAGUUAAACUUGCUCUGAAAAGAGUGAAGAAAAAAAAGUGAAGAGUUCCUUCGAUAUAACGAACCUGUUUGUGAUAAAAAAUCCCCGAAGAGAUGUCAUUCUUGCACUCACUUGCAGUUAAAUGUCUUCAGCAGGAUCCCGAUUUAGCGUACCCCUGUUAUGACCAAUAUAUUUUUAUCACCACAAUUACACUUUCCACGGUACGGAAAGAUACUUGGUAGAAACGCAUAUAGGUUUCUGACUAUGAAGUAUUUUUUUCGUGGCUUAACCCAUUACAUGAUCCUUUCCAAGUCUGCUGGCUUCCACAACCGCAGAGGUGGUAUGCUAAACAUAUGACAAAAAACGGUUUUAUAUCUAGACUUAUGUUUUUUGUCGUUCUUAGGUAUCAAGAUAUUCAUACUCAGUCAUACAUUAUGGUUUUUGCCUGUCGGCGUUGGCUUGGUGUACGCUUGGAUUGUCUCUCUGCUCUUUUAACUGGUGCAGCGGCUCUUGCUGCAGUUUUUGUGUCUCAAGAUGCUGGUAAAUCCAUUUGUUUAUGGGAUGAGAAACGGAAAUAAUUCAUGUUCAUAUGUUGCUCAUGUUUUAAGAUCUCUGAAUUACCUAAAAACUUCACCUUUUAAUAUAACGCAAUAGCAUACGUUUGGAUACGUUUUAAUUACCCACGAUAGAAAGCUUUAAGCUCACGCUUAUAAUGUCGUAAUUAGUAAUUUAGAAGUAUUAAUUAACUUACAAACGUCAAAUGAAAAUAAAUACUGAGAUACUUAAAACUAAGAAUUGUUUUUGCAGCCAUAAAGGCACUAAAACCAAUUUCCCAUUUAGUUUACGGUUAUUAAACUUUCUAGUGAGUGGGGAUUCAAUUUUUACGGUCUUUUAUACGUAGUCUAGAACGUGUGAAGAGAGUGUAGGAAGAUUAGAGUUUGGCGGAGUAGGCGUUUUGAUUGAGAAUAUUCUCUUUUAUUUCUUACAGCUUUAGUUGGACUAUCUCUGGUUUACAUAGUCCAGACCGUGAAUCUGACGCAAUUUACUGUUCGUCAGUUAACGGAUAUCGAAACUCUAAUGACUUCAGUUGAGCGAGCAACGACCUACACAGAGCUGGAAUCUGAACCUGGAUACAAAGUGGAACGAAAUCCUCCGGAAUUGUGGCCGUAUGAGGGAAAUAUCGCAUUCAAAGACGUAUCCCUGACGUACUAUCCGUGUGGUCCUCAAAGUCUAAAGGAUAUCACACUUAUCAUCAAUGGUGGAGCUAAGGUCGGAAUUGCCGGCCGGACAGGUGCAGGGAAAUCUUCUUUCGUGGCGGCACUAAUGCGCAUGCCUGAAGCUGACGGAGAUAUACUUAUUGAUAACGUUUGUAUAAGAGAUAUCAAUCUACAAGAGUCUCGACGGGCAAUAACAAUUCUUGGACAAAAUCCGGCCCUCUUCAUCGGAUCGGUAAGGCAAAAUCUUGAUCUGAUGGAGCAGUUUGAAGACGCGGUUUUGUGGCGCACUUUAGAAAAGGUGCAGCUGAAAAGUCUUGUAGAGAACCUGGAGGGUCAGUUGGAUCAUAAAUUAUUGGAGCACGGGGCAAAUUUAAGUGUUGGGGAACGCCAACUCAUUUGCUUGGCUCGCGUGUUAUUACAGCAAAAGAAUAUCGUCAUUUUGGAUGAGCCCACUGCACACGUGGAUCCAGACACGGAACAAACAAUCUGGAACAUAGUGCGCGAGGAACUCAAAUCUUCCACAGUUAUCACGAUAGCACAUCGUUUGAACACAAUUAGAGACAGUGACAAGAUUUUAGUCCUAAAAAAUGGGGAAGUCGCUGGGUUUGAUACGUUUGAUGUGCUAAUAAAUAGAAAAGGAGGAAUUUUUGAGUGA